AUGACGACGGCUACAAAACAGCCGAAAAUCGCUGAACGAUUGUCGAUUUUAAAUAGACGUCAGCUUGGCGUAUUGAGCCGCUUGUAUUUCAUGAAAACCAACCUUGCUGAUCCCGAUACUCGUUAUCAGUUUUUACCUGGUGGUGAUAAGUCCUUUGACAGUGCUUGGAAAGUUCUUUUGAAGAAAUUCCCAAGUCUUGAUUCUCGAUCGAAUUCCACCCUUAAUAUCUUUUGUAAUCAAAGAGAUAUUUUUAAGCAAACAUCACUCCUUUAUUACAACUUCGUGGAUGUGUUGGAGGUGCAGGAUAAUGUUUUGGACCUAUUGCAGCGAAUCAGUAAUGCAGGUAUUCGUCUUGAAAUUACUCUCAACUCAGAUCUAACGCACUUAUAUCUCGAACUUACCACAAACUACUUUGCGAUGAUGUACUUUCUUACUCGGAUUCCCGAUCUCAAGGCUGUUCUGAUGCUUUUUAAUUUCUUGUUCGAACAAGCUAAUGGCAAACCUGAGCCAAAUUUUUCGAGAAUGGCCGAGCGUUUCACUGAAUCUCCAGAAGUACUUCUAAAACAUCUCCUGGAGGAAUUUAAACCCUAUGCCCCUGUUCUCUCAUUGGCUUUAGCUUCCUUGAAUGACUUUUUUAUCCGACGAACAGUACGGGCUCAGAAUUGGAGGGAUGGUCUUUUCCUUAAUAUCCUUGCGGAGCCGCACAAGAUCACUCAUACUGCGUUGAGCGAUCAACUUGCCUGCGAACUGCUCUCCUAUGAGGUGAUGGAGCGCUGGGUCGUAUUUGGCUUCUUGCUGGUCGGUCCAUCGACUGCUGGUGAUGGCGAUGACUCUUUUGCUCGGAUUCGCCUUGCACUCAGAAAUAGCUAUGUUGUGGUUCUUUUUCGUGAUGAAGUCAUUCACGUGCACAGCUUAUUGACUACCUUCUUCGAAUCCGUUUGGACGGGAAAAUCAUCCUCAAAACGCCUUUCCGAUAUUAAAGAGGCUAUGUCCAUCGCCUACUCGCAGGCCCCAGGAGCCCAUUCUGAUAGGAGAGCCUAUCUGCGUUCAUCAUUGCGACAACUGCAUUCAGUUUUAUCAGAUCAGCCUGGGCUUCUUGGUCCAAAAGCUUUCAUUGUCUUCUGGGGACUGUCCUAUGCGGCUGACGAAAUUCAUUGGCUUCUCCGUCAUUUCAGCAACAUACAACCCAAAAAAAAUGCGAACGUUGAAGAAUUUGCCGAUUUCGCUCUGCCUGAGUUGUUAUACUACAUUGAGGACCUUCGGCACCUAGUAAGGCGUUACACUGUUGUAAUUCAACGAUUUCAUAUUCAAAUGCUUCCGUCAUAUGAUGUCCCUGGACUAGAAGAAUAUCUUCGUCCAUCGAUUAAUUAUCUUCCCAUGGAAGAGGUUGACAUUUUCAACGGGAUGCUGACUCAACUUCGGGAGGUCGAGGACAUACUAACUUCGAAUUCUCCUCGUCAUUGUGAAUUUACAAGCCUCCGGCUUGAUUGGCUUCGUUUACAAGCCAUUCUUUCGGCAAAGGAUUCUCCACUCCCAUUGGUCAAUUGCCGCCGUCUAGCAGAACAUCUUCACUCAACAAUUUUCCACACCCGUUUAAUUGAUCAGAUCGAAGAUUUACUUCGUCAGGUGUCUGAUCUCUCCGUGUAUUAUUUUUAUUGGAACAAAUUGGAGGAGGUUUUCAAUCACAGCCUUGUCUACCCCUCUCAGUUACGCUAUUCUGGCGUUUUCCUCAGUUUGCCUUCCAGUUUUGUGAACAUUUGUCAUGAAAUGUGUCCAAAAGAACGCUUCAUUAUCGGCAGAACUGCAGGAAAUUUGACCCGUCGAUUUUGUCGAAAGUUGGUUGAUGCACUGUGUGCUGCCUUUUUUACUCGACUGGAGGAAGUGUGUACCUUUGCUGAACAACUUGCACCCCAAAAGAGUGUACCUUGGCUUAUUGAAGAGAAGCUGACGAAGAAAAAGGCAGCUGAUAUUAAUGGAACUAUAAAGAAAAACAAAACAGGAUCAGGUUUUGGACAGUCGAAUGACGUAAUAGUGAUGCCGGGUAUGGAGAGUUUUCGUCGCGAUCGCAUUGAUCAAACCAUGUAUGACAAGACUCUCUUCACGCUUUCACAGCUCUGUUCUGCAAUCACCUUUCGGAAGGAGUUACAUGCCUUUGAAGAAGUGUUCGAUCCCAGAACAGUCCUUCAAACAGAACUUCAAAUGCGCUUAUUCGAAUAUCUUCGUCCUAUCGUGAACACUUGUCCAACUGGGUCAGCAGACAAGUCGGAUGUGGAGUCUCGUCGUUUGGUCAGGCCUUCGGAUAUGCUUCGCCGAGCUCAGACCGUCAUGGAGGUACUCAUAGACCUCGAAGAUUUGGUACGCAUUGAUGUAGUCGCGGUCUUCAGCAGCGUUUUCGAGCAGCAUACGCAAAUAAGCAGCGAUACGUCCAAGAAUGUACCCACUCUUACUACACUCUACUCUGAGUGGUAUGCGGACGAAUUCAUCCAACAGGCCUACUUGGGUCACUUUGUCUACUCGCCUCUGCUAAUGACUUUCGUCACGAUGCCCUCUCCAGAUCCUCCUCGAUUCCGAGCUGAGGAGUACUCGGAUCUGAAUGAACUUCGUGCUCUGGCUGAGCUAAUCGGUCCUGUGGGAAUGAAAUAUCUGCAUAGCCGAAUCAUGGAACAAAUUGGUUCGCGAGUAGACGAAGUGAAGAAAUUAGUUAUAUUAAAUCGUCCUUUGCUUGAGGAACUGCGUGGGGCAUUUGAUGACCCGGUUAAGACGCGUAAACUUGCUGCGCAGUUGCAAAGGGUGGACAUGCUGCUCUCAUAUCUAAGGGAGAUUGGAAUUGGAUUGGCUUUUCUCUCUCUCUGUCGUGAAGCCCUAGGUGAUGUGACUCAGCUGCAUGCCCCUUUCCUUGUGGAGACAGCAAAGAGCGUUCGCAUGCAUAUGCGUCGUCAGGGCAAAGGGAAAAUUAUUCCACCGGCGAUUUUUGAAACCGAGGCGGAAGAAGGGGGAGAAUCGGGAACAAGUGUGGGCACGGGGAGCGGUGGUGGAGCUGAAAGUGUUGUGCGUCUGCUGGAGGCACAGCUGCUAACAAGCAGUCUCUGCGCAGCCAUGGGUAUCCCCUGUGAUGGACUGGACGCGGGACUCUGUGAACAUCUUCGACUUACCCAACGCUCCUCCUCGAGCUGGAACGGUGGCGCCGGCUCCACCGCUCCCACUGCAGAACCCCCCCUCAAUCUUCAGUACCACAUUGCUUGCCUUUUCAUAGUCUUCGUAGCCAACGCUCUGCCCCAAUUAGCCAGAGUAAGUGGAUGCGCCUACCAGGUCAACUUAGCCGCAAACGAGGGCAACAUGCACUGUAUCGCCUAUGCAGUCACCACUCUCAUGAUAUGUAUGUUCUCAGUUCUGAGCCCUGGAGACUUGGAGGAGCGUUCGACAGAAUUUUUGGCUCUGGCAUCCUCCAACCUACUUCGCCUUGGCCUUGAGACAAGCUCUUCCCUAGUCUCUGCUGCAGAAAUCAGCGGCACUGGUGACAACAUUGCUUCAUCGCGUCACGCGAACAAUCCCAAUUGUGUGUCUAGCGAGAAUCGAGACUCGGUAUACCUUCUUUUUGAUGAGAUAGUACGCCUCUCCCCAGUUUUAACCGCUAAUCUCCAGGAGGCUUGUUUCCCCUGUGCCCUCAUCCGCAGCGCCUACAAUCACCUGGCCAACGCAAAUUCGCGCCUCCAGCAUCAGCACACUAGCUCAAAGUCAAACUCUGGAGUAAUGCAUCACCAUUAUCGCCAUAAUUCUGAGGUUUCACAGUACCAUCCCUGA